GAAUGCCACAAACGUCAAAUUCGUAACCAAACGGCUUGAUGUGAGUAGUUUAGAGGUGUAACUUAAAAAAUCGUAAAAUGGUCGUGAUGGAGGGCUCCUUGAGCAAGUGGACCAACGUGAUGAAGGGCUGGCAGUACCGGUGGUUCGUCUUGGAUGACAACUCGGGCCUCUUGACCUACUACACAUCCAAGGAGAAAAUGAUGCGAGGCGCCCGCCGCGGCUGCGUCCGGCUCAAAGGAGCAGUCAUCGGCAUCGACGACGAAGACGACAGCACCUUCACCAUCACCGUCGACCACAAAACCUUCCACUUCCAAGCACGCGACGCCGAGGAGCGCGAGAAGUGGGUGCGAGCUCUGGAGGACACGAUCUUCAGGCACGGAAACCGCACGUUGUGGGAUAACCACCGACCGCCGCCCACCAUCAAAGACUUCGACAACAAAGUAUCGGAAGCCGACGCCUACUUGCAGAUCAUGAUCGACCAAACGAAGAAUCUGGAGGAGCGGAUCAAAGCGAUGACCGACGUCGACGAGAAAGCCAAGUGCCAAGUGAUAGCUGACCACGCGAACGUGAUGCUCGACAACAUCAAGCACUCGAUCGUGCUUCUCCAGAUAGCGAAGAAUACGGCGCAUCCAAUCAACGGCAUCUACCAAGCACGACCAAUACCCGCUUCGUCAAACAUAUCACCUAAUUUAGGAGACUCGGGUCCCGUGGGAACUGUCGUCCAGCAAGGCAUCGAAUUGGGCUCGGAAUGCGUGGAAUCGAGGCGGCACAGCCACAGCCUGGAAUUGGUGCAUCCUGCGGCGGCGACCGGUCUUGUCGUGCCGCCCAUGUCAUAUUCGAGUUCGGAGGGAGAAGACGACUUCUACGACGCUAAUGAUUCACCUUUCACGCCUGGAAGUCAACAACCAACACCCACUAGUCUGAGGUCCUUCGACGAAGAGGCACAAACGGCGCUAGCUAUUGGCAAUAAACAAACGACUUCUCAAGCGAUUAUUGGUAAGACGCCGUCCGUUAGGCAGGAGAGUGGGUUGUCGACGGAUGUCCGCAAUAUUGACUACGAUGCCCUCUACGACGACGACGACGAGUACGACGUCGAAAUGGAGAGCCAGGGCUCGGUCAUCCGCCACCUCCUCUCGCAAGUGAAGAUCGGCAUGGACCUGACCAAGGUCGUCCUCCCCACCUUCAUCCUCGAACGACGCUCCCUCCUCGAGAUGUACGCCGACUACUUCGCCCACCCCGACCUCUUCAUCCGGAUCGCCGAGCUGAAGGACCCCCGCGACCGCAUCGUCCAGGUGGUCAAGUGGUACCUGUCGUCGUACCACGCCGGCCGGAAGAGCGCGGUCGCGAAGAAACCGUACAACCCCAUCCUGGGCGAGAUCUUCAGGUGCCACUGGGAGUUCCCAGAGAGCAGGGAGGAGGAGGCGGCCGUCCAGGACGGACCCGUGCCUUGGUGCAGGAAGGACCAACUGUCGUUCAUCGCGGAGCAGGUGUCGCACCAUCCGCCCAUUUCAGCCUUCUACGCUGAACACUACAACAAGCGCAUCAGCUUUAAUGCCCACGUUUACACCAAGUCCAAGUUCUUGGGGCUCUCCGUAUGCGUGUAUAAUAUAGGACAGGGUAUAGUUUCGGUUCUGGAUCACGACGAAGAGUAUACAGUUACAUUCCCGAACGGCUACGGUCGUUCGAUAUUGACAGUUCCUUGGAUCGAGUUGGGGGGUACGGUUACGAUCACGUGCCAGAAGACGGGGUACUACAGCACUAUCGAGUUUCUGACGAAACCGUUCUAUGGAAAUAAGAAGCACAAGAUAGUCGCCGAGGUGUACGGGCCGGACGACAAGAAGUCGUUUUUGACCAUAAUGGGGGAGUGGAAUGGGGUGAUGGAGGCGAAGUGGAACGAUAGGGACAAUGAAUUAUUCAUCGACGUUAACGCCCUAGAUAUAAAUAAGAAACAAGUGAAACCCAUUAGUCAGCAGGAGGAGAACGAAUCUAGGAGACUCUGGAAAGAAGUAACAGCAGGACUUAAGUUUAACGAUAUAGAUAAGGCUACCAAUGCUAAGCAAAUGUUAGAACAGAAACAGCGCGACGAAGCGAAAGAAAGAAAAGACACAGGAGUAGAAUGGAAAACAAGGUUGUUCCAAAAAUAUUCAGAAGACGGUUGGAUGUACAUCAGGCCGCUGAAGCAAAGGCUACUGCAAACAUCGAACACUUGAAUACGAAAUGGUCUGUCUUAUGAUUACUAAUGUGCUUUUCCGAACUAUUCUAUGAACUUUCUUGUCUGAAUAAUUAUUUUUUCAGGAUUAUUAUAGUGAACUGUGAUAUAUUAUCAUGAAAAGUGUACGUAUUGUAAAAUUUUAGUAUUAUACAGCUGCCGGACAGCGUUUAUUUUCGUGAUGAAGCUAUGUAUAUAAGUUCAAGUAUUGUUUUUUAAUUUAAAUUUAAUGUACAUAUUUGGUUAUUUAGGUUUUUUACGCGAACAACUUUAUUUUUGGUCGGUCUUUUUUCUAUAUUUUAUAAGCGACUUGCCUGCGAAGGGUAAUUGGUAGUACAAUCAGAUCAAAUUUGUAUGUGACUUACUUCCAAGUUGAACUCCUUUAAAUAAAUGAUAUACACAUAUCAUCCUACGAGAGGAUAA